ACAUAUAAGGUUUCUCUGAGAGGGAGAGAAGUCAUCAGAAACAUGUUGCACCAUGCUUGAGUUAAGUUUGGAGCGGGGCAGUCCCUUAGUAAAUUGAGACGUCGCCCCGGUUUCCAGGGGAAUUUAAUCAUAGGCGGACUUACGCUAAAAACAAACAUGCGUGUUUGUCAAAACAAGAAACCGCAAGAGCAUGCUACGUGGCAUGUUUCCACCGCAGAAAAUGUGGUCAGUGUAAGACACUAACGUUGCCUAUUUGGUGUCGACAUGAGAUUACUGUUUUUAGCCUGCCUUAGUCCAAAGACUGGGAACUGUACAACUGCCGAAAGAAUAAGGAGUCACAUCGAAGCAGCGGGACACACGUGCAUUCUCCACAACUCUGCGGACAUCAAAGACCGAUCAGAUGUGACCGACCUAGCGAUGCAGGACCCCCAGUUCGAAGCGGCCCUUGCCAUUCAUCUUUACAAAGGAGGCCGAUUUCUUCUUGACAUCCAUGUCCCCGUCGGCAUUGUCUUUGGGGGGACAGAUGUCAAUGAAGAUGUGAAAGAUGAGAGCAAGCGGGCGGUGAUGGAGCGUGUGCUGAAAAAAGCCAGGUUCGCCGUGGCCUUCACACCCCAGAUGAAGGAGAACGCGGAGAGCUUCUUGCUCUCCGAGAGCAGUAAAAUCCGUGUCCAGCCACAAGGAAUUGAGACCCGGGCUGCCUCAGACUUCAGCUGGAGGGGGUUCUUACGCAGCUCAGGUGUGGAGGCUGAUCAUGUGGACGAUCUGUGUGUGUUUCUGCUGGUGUGUGGCCUGCGGAGGGUGAAGGACCCACUCUACCUCCUCAAAGCUUUCUCAGAAUGGCAUGCCAGCAAUCCCCAGGUGGUCUUCAUAAUCAUCGGACCAAAGAUGGAUCCGGAGCUCUCUGAAGAGGUGGAGGAGAGGGUCAGGAGGUCAUCAGGAGUGUACCUCACUGCCGAGAGGGAACAGGAUGAGCUACACGCUGCCAUGACGCACUCCUUCGCCCUGGUGAACAGCUCCAUCUCGGAGGGCAUGUCUGCCGCCAUCUUAGAGGCCAUGCAUCUGGGAUUGCCCGUGUUGGCCAGAGACAUUCCCGGGAACGCCGCCAUAGUAGAGCAUGAGGGCACUGGGCUGCUCUACUCCUCCCCUGAGGAGUUUAUCCUGUUGGCCAAGCGACUGUUGGAUGACAGGCUGCUUCAAAAGCAGCUAUCUGAAAAUGGAAUGCGCUACGUGGGGGAACGCCACAGCUUCGCCCAGGAGAGGAAGACCUAUCAGCAGCUGGUGGAGACCCUGCACUUGUGAUGAAGACGACGCUUUCCCUCCAGAGCUACUGUGUUUUAGUGGGCAUUCAAGUGUCUGGUUUACAUCUUGAGCGAAAAAUUACCAGCUAAUUUGCACUCAGGCUUUCCUCUUGGCACCAAAUACAGUUGGCAUUUCUGUCAAAGCACUUUGUGAUAGGAGCUUUUUAAAACGAUAAUUGCAAUUUGACUGUUAGUUACAUAAUUAUUCUGCCUGACCUAAUACAGACAUUUUUAAACUCAAAGUAGGGCUGUGUUUCUGUGGAAUCGCAUACUAUCCUCACAGAGACAGGUUUCAGGACUAGUGAACUUCAGAUCUAUCCAGACACUCUAUUGUCUCACUUGGUCUUAGUAAGUUUACAUCUGUUGAACUGUAAUGAUUGCCAAGGAACAGAGUUUAUCAUUAUUAUUAUUAUUAUUAUUAUUAUUACUAUUAUUAUUAUUAUUAAUACUAAUAAUAAUAAUAAUAAUAGUAGUAGUAGUAUCCAAGGUCAGGCUAUCUAGAGGAAUGUUCUUGAGGAUUUCUUUUUUAUUUGUACUCCUCCGGGUCUGGUGCUGCGAGGAUCUCAGGAAUACUACAGUGAACGACUGACAGGAUAUAAGCACGUGUCGUCUCAAAAUCUUCUUCUUUUUUUUUUAGAAUUAAAGUGUUUUUUAAUCUGUGAUCAGUUUACACUUUUAGCUGCAUAUGUAUCAAAUGUUAUUGCCUAGACCAAUCAUUAACUAACCCAAAGGCAUGGCAUGAACUCAACUCUUGUUUUCUAUGCCAAUUGGAAUGUUAUUUGGGUUUUGGACAUGUAACUAUAUCAUGGAUGAAUGUUUAAUUGUGUCGUGACUUCAUUACUCAUGGAUUGACAAAGAGUUGUCAGCCAUUUUCCUGUAGUCAGGGCAUGUAGGUAGAAAAAGGUUUUGGUCCUGAUGGCAUUGACAGUGCAUGUGACACGUCACAGCAGGAAUGGGCCAUUUUGGGGGUCAUUUAAAUGCAAUGGUUAUCUAGCUUUAUGUCAUUAUGUCAGCUAGCUGUCAUAUACUAUUUGUGUCUUAAUUUGCUGGGGAACAGACUAUCAGGGUUUUAGUCCAGUCGACUUCCUUGCAUAGUCAUUUUAAUGUUUACUCUGUCUGGAAAUAUGAUAUGGGCAUUAUACAUUUUGCUCAUUAUGCUAUUAAUUUAUCAUAAAAUAGGACUGUUCUUAAAAAUAUCAACACGGUUCUUUAUUAUGUCUGAGUGUUUGCCGCUGGUGAUGGGGUGAUUUAUUUUAAGUUAAGUUAUUUCAAGUACUGAAACAUUUAAUUUAAGACAAGGUGAUGAAACAAUGUAAUAUUUAAAAAUGUUUACUCAAAAGAUACUUUUAUGUAUUGGGCAUUACAGGAUGGUUGGUAUUUAAUGGUUUAUAAGUCUUUCUCUCUAUUAUUUAGCCAGAUAUAUUUAGCCUUAUUAUGUAUUUAAUUUAUCUCUUGAGUUGUACAUCAUUAUGCAAUGCAAUACAAAAAUAAAAGCAAAUCAUGUUUGCA